AUGAACGUCUUCAAAGCAUACCUCUUCCUCUUCCGCUUCAUUUGCUUCAUCUCAUCUUAUCAUUCUCUCGAGAUUAAUCGGCUUCGAGCUCGAUCAUUAGCAAAUCUAAACACUCCGCAUACUAUAUCGACCGCCACCAAAUCAGCAGAAACACUUGACAGCACACAAGACUUGGUCCAUCUCGGAAGUUCAAGCGCCAACUCGCCCAUCUUAGAAGGCUUUAGACCUCAUGGGAAAGCUACCGGUGAAGUGGUCCCACAUGCCCCAAACCGCGAAGGAGCAUUGGGUGAUCCACAGGUUACAGCCACACAAUCUGGAAAGGAGCAGGAAUUCCAAGGUUCUGGCGAGCCUUCAAAAGUUGGGAACCCUAUUCCUGCCGCAGCAGAAUCCCCCGAAAAAGGUAAAAACCUGGUUCCAAAAAUUAAGUCAAAGUUUGCUGCAUUUUAUCAAAUGCUGAAAGCACCAUUUCAGGGCUUUGUAAAAUACUGGAAAGACUUUAUUUAUUGCAGUAGGAUUGUCUUCAGGAAGCGUCAUGAUGAUUGGGAGAUUGUUAGAUUUGAGAAUGCAAGGGAUACAAUUGGAAAGUACCUUGCUUUGAAUGAGCGUGAGCUUAAAUUAGCCGACGGAAAGCCUUUCGAUUUGAAGUCUGUAGCCAAGACUCUUGAGGAGAAAUCCCCCUUAUUCCCCAGCGACAAGAAUAGAGUCCCAAUGGAAUCAUAUUACGAAGAUUACCUCAAAAUCCUCAAAAAAUACCAGCUUAUUGCUGAUGGAAAAAAUCUGCCUAGGAAAAGCUGGCUGUCCGAGCUGCCACCAGAACAGCUUCCUGACCAUGCAAAGAUCAUUGCUGAGCUAGAAAACUCGUUGGAAGAGCUAAACAAACCAGGAAUCAAAGAACAGUUCAAAACAGAAUUGGAUGAUGCAGUGAAAACCACUGUUAAAGCUGCAAAAGGACAGAUAAAAAAGAAAGAGGUCUACUCAGCUUUGUUGGGUAUGUUUCCAAAGGGCAAUUCCGAUAAACAAAUCAACCUGGAGAAGCUUGCUAGUGCUCGCGAGGUUCAGUUAAAGAAGAAAUACCCUACAGACCGAAGAUUCUUGGACCUUGAGCAUGUCUUUCGAAAUCUUCCCCCGGAUCUGGACUUGAAUAAACUGGUAUUCCGUUAUUCCAUGGUAGAAGGAUUUGAAAACAUUCUGGAGAAAAUGCGCCUGAAAUUACAACCAACUCUUCAUGGCCAAGCUCAAGCUGGAAUUACCAAUGUUAUUGCAAAACAUUUGAAUUCAAAUCCUGAAGAAGAAUCUAUUUUGGCAAUUGCUUCCAAAGAUGAUUUAGAAUGGAAGGAAAAUGCCUUUAUGAAAUUCUACGGAACUGCUGUGAUGCCAUCACAAUUGUUUGAAAGGUUAAGAAAUCACCCAGAAGAAGAAGAAAUAAUUAGGUAUACUAUCAAGAACAAUGUUGAUUCAAUUGAUUUUCUUCAAAAAGCUCAAUGGGAUAUGCUUUGGCAGGCACCCACUCGUAAACUCUUCACCGACCAAGUUAAAAUAUUUGAAAGAAUAUUUGAGAAAAGUGGUGAUCACAAGGCAUCUACAAGAGUAGAAAAGUUGAAGAAUCUGAGAAGAGACGCUGAAAAAACCUAUCAGUUCAAUCUACCACUGGUCCAGGAGCUGACAGAAAAAGGGAUCAUCAAUGACAGCUUGAUUCAAGGAGCUAGAGGAAAUGAACAAGACUUUUUGAAGGCGUUGGGUACCUCAGAACAGUUCCAAAAAGGUGUGAUGGAUCAAUUUGAAACCAAUAUGAACAAACACCUCAGAGAGCUAUCAUCAAGAGUGACACAGGAAAUAACAAACCAGGCUGCAUCUCGGGUAACUCAGUCACAGCUAAAUCAACUUGAUCAGGAUGCCAAGUCUAAAUAUCUCACAACAGAUUCAUUUACAAAACCAAAUUCAUUCCGAUUUGACGAGGCUCUGAAUGUAUACCAUCCCGAGUCUAAUAAAUUCAUCAAGAAUCCAGCCAACCCGAAUAGCUUAGCAAGAGCUUACAUAGACUCUGUAGUCGCUACUCACCCUUUCAAAGAUGCACCUGUUGCCUCGGAGACUGAGAUAGCAAUCCGGGAGUAUCUGGAAGAUCGGAUUCAGAAUAUUGAAAACUUGCUUUACCAAAAGUUGCCUGAAUUUAGGGAAUAUUUUGAAAGCAUCUUGAAGCCUAAGGGACAUAUUGCAACCCCAGAUAACUCUCCUCAAUCUCAUCCAGCAAAAAUCAUUCAAUAUCCCAAAUAUACCGACCCUAGAGCUGAGAUCACAGCUUUGCGAGGAUAA